AUGAGAUUCGUCAAUGCUGCCAGCCUCCUUGUUCUCUUGUCGAACUUCGUCCAUUCCAGCCCGCUGGAGUCGAUCGAAAGGCGCUCCUUGGUUGACACACUCCAACAUGGCAACUAUGGAAGAUCAAGCGGCAAGAUAUAUCGAUAUCACGAAGUCCGAGCCGGCUUGUUUGCCGGGGUUGCACCAGAAGAUUGGGACGAGUCGGUGCAUGUUAGAGGCGCCCCGUUGACUGAGCGCUCAGAUACCAAUGAGUCCCUUCCUUCGCUUGACUCGAGCCUCUUGCAUCGGGAUAUCUCCUCAGCCUGCGCAACUGGAUUACAGUGCGCCAAGUCCAGUGCAACUGCACUUGGAUCAACCUUGUACCAGCUUAGUGGAGCAUUCAUCGACAAGCUUAAACAAAUAAAGCCAGAGGUGAUGGAUACGUUGAACCAACCUUUCUGGGCAAACCUCGCUGGUGUAGGUGGACAAAACUUCAUCGUCACCGGCCUCUUUUUGCUUAUUGAGGGGAAGUCCGAUAAGCCCCCGCCUGUGCAACAGUGCUCGUUGGAAAACUCUCAAGAGGAUUUGUUGAGGCAGCUGAUUGCGCAGGCAUGUUCGUCUAAUCCUGAGAGAAAGGCGUUCUCUCAGUCUAUUACCUUACCUGAUGGGUCUAUAUUUGAACUGAAGAUGGCUGCUGCACCUGGAAACGUUCUAUCUGACUCUGACACCUGCGGUGCCCCAGGCAAGGAAAGCUAG